CAGGGUUAGGGUUUGUGUCCACCUUGACAUCACCUGCAACGGCUACACCGUCCGCGUCAGUGUUGCCACCAGGAUAUGGAGCUGAUCCAAAUGAGAUAAUUAGCGAAACAGUGAAGAACAUGGAAGAUAUAAACCCCAAUGCUCUCUCGGACCCUCGUCAAAAUCAAGCACUUACCUUCAACCACAUUUCUCUUCUCUUGCCAACCUCGUCCGAAGGUCGUCGUAAGAGCUUUUACACACAGCACAGUCAGAAUGUCCGACAACCAACAUGAAGGAACAACAUUGAAGCAGAAGAUCCCGAAGCAGGAACAGGACCUGCCAGGAUUGCAGAAGGAGAUGGAACCGGAGCCAUUCAACACGAAACUAGAGACAGCUGCAGGGCCUAAGGAGUAUAUAGGCGUUGGGAAGCUCAGAGGCAAGAAGGCGCUGAUUACUGGAGGAGACUCUGGUAUCGGCCGCGCAGUGGGGAUUCUCUUCGCGCGUGAAGGUGCGGACGUCACUAUUGUGCACCUCCCCGAAGAGCAGAAAGACGCAGAUGAGACCGUAUCUGCAAUCAAGCGCGAAGGCCGGGAAGGUUUCUCGAUUGCCUUCAACCUAGAGAAUUUCAAGAACGCCGAUCAAGUCACCGCGAAGCACAUUGAAAAGUUUGGCAAAAUCGACAUCCUUGUCAACAAUGCUUCCAAGCAGGCCAUGGAGAAAGACUUCGCAAACAUUAAUUUGGAUACAGUCGAGAGCGUAUUCAGAAGCAACAUCUUGCAGAUGUUCGCUAUUACGAAGUUUGCGUUGCCGUAUAUGGACAAAGGCUCAAGCAUCAUAAAUACGACGAGCGUGACGACGUUCAAGGGUAGUCCGGCGAUGGUGGAUUACACAUCCACGAAAGGCGCAAUCGUCGGGUUCACGAGAGCAUUGGCUAAGAAUCUCAUCUCGAAGGGUAUCCGAGUCAACGUUGUUGCUCCAGGGCCAGUUCAUACACCUCUGCAACCCGCUUCUCGUCCAGCGGAGCAAAUGGAGGGGUUUGGUGAACACUCGCAGAUCGGUCGACCUGGACAGCCAUCAGAAAUCGCGCCUUCGUAUGUCUUCUUGGCCAGUGCAGAGGCAGAGCUGUACUAUGGACAGAUUUUGCACCCGUAUCCCUUGGGUGACUAAAAACAACUUAUUGGUAACCAAGCUGUCAAGUAGUAGUGUCGAGGAAAUCACCCAAGGUCAAGCUAUAAGUCGUGGUAUAUGCAAUCAGAUAUUCAUGUCGCGAACGUAUUUGAGUAAAGGCUUGAGUAUUCAAUUUAUGAUCUUCGCAAGCCAGGAAAAAGCCAAUGUUUUGACGACAAGUGUCCGAAACGCAGAGGGCCUACAGGCGCGAC